AUGAAUUUUAUUGAUUCUAAAUUCAGUAUCGUCCGCAACCAAUGGAUUUGGGGAUUUUCAGUAGGAGCAGAAAGUUGGAAUGGUAGACUUGCUAUGUUAUCUUUUACUAUUAUUUUUUUAUGUGAAUUAAUCUUUUCAGUUUCUACUUUAAAAAUCCUUGGUUUGAUCUAA